AUGCCUGGUCUCAGGCGGCGCUACCAAAACGAGGGGCGCCUGUCCCUGUUCGGUGACCCGCCGCCGCCGCCGCCACGUGUGAACGGGGGUCUGCGCGUCCGAGCGAGGCCAGCGCAGCAGCCGGGCUGGGCCCUUUCUGCCGAGGGGAGCCAGGCCAGCCAGCCAGCCAGCCAGCCGCGGCUCCUCGGGAGCAAGGCGGGAGGAGGCGCCUUCUUCUUCUUGGCCCCGUGCGAAGGCCGGGUCUCCUCCCAGGAAGGGGCGGGCUGGGCGGCGGCGGCGGCGAGUCUCCGGGCGGGCCUGGGCGGAGAGCGGCGGCCGAGCGAGCAGGCAGCGCAGCGCCGAUCACCCUCCGCAGAAAUGGCCGCUCCUCCUCCUCCAUCAGCGCCCAACUUCCCGUCAGCCCCACCGCCUUCCUACGAAGAGACAACUGGCAUCAACAGCGGCGCCCCCUACCCCGUCCCCUACCCUCCCCCAGCCGGGUUCGGGGCCGGACCGCCGCCGAAAGAGGUGCAAGCUCCACCCUAUCCGGCACACCACUAUCCGGCGCAGCCCUAUCCAGGGCAGCCUGUGACCACGGCCCCUCCUCCAGUGGCCCUCCAGGCGGUUUACAUCCAGAACCCGCUGACCUUCCACGACCGCCCCGUGCAGAUGUGCUGCCCGUCCUGCAGCAAAGUGAUCGUGACGCGCCUGACGCACUCGGCGGGAGCCCUGACCUGGCUGUCUGCCGGAAGUCUCUGCCUGCUGGGGUGCUGGGCCGGCUGCUGCCUGAUUCCCUUCUGCGUGGACGCCCUCCUCGACGUGGACCACUAUUGCCCCAGCUGCAACACGCUCCUGGGUACCUACAAGCGGCUCUGAGCGCCGGCAGGAUUUGUGCCGACGAAAAAGGUGGGGGGGGAGGGCUGGGUCGUCUCCGCAAGUGCUUCUUGGACACUCUCGAUGCUGCGCAUUCUCUGCCUUUUACAAAUAUCAGUUCAGGAAGAGGAGACCUUUCUCUCGCCCACUUCUCUGUCUCCCAAAUCCCUGCCUUGAAAGGAAGGUGUGUGUCUGGGGGGGGGGGAAGCUCUGUCCCCACGGGAGGUCUCUACCGGGGAAGGUGUCAGAUGCAUUAAGUGUUGUCUUAAGGUAGAUUAUUGUGGGGGCCAACCAACCGCGGGUGCCCCGCGAGGGUCCUUUUCUGACUCGGAGGCCUUUCUUUCUCUGCGUUAUUGUUUACUAACUUCUCUUGAGCACUGAAAUCUAUUUUAAAAUGCCGGUUUUCAGACUCCUUUGAACAAGUGUUCCCGUUCAGGGUGCACCGCGCCACAAAGGCUAAAGCACAAACGGAAAAAUUCCGGCCUCCUUUCUAUUCCAAGCUCUAAGCGUCGUACAGAGAGUAUUCCAGGAAUAUUUUUUUAUAUUAUGCUGCAAAGGAAAUCUGUGAAUAUAAGUAUAUUUUUAGCUUCUUGAAUUCUUCAAGAGGGCCAGAUCCUUUCCGCUCUCUGACCUGAUUUGGCAGGUUCCAGCGUGGAAAUUUUGCACCUGUGGGGCUGGAAAAUGGGGGGGGGGGGCUGGGGUGAGAAAAUGCCGGCUGAACGGCUUGUAGCUGAUACGAGUGGAUCGAGGCCAGAUUCCCGUUUUGGGCAGUGGGUAUGGAUGUUCUCUGCAACAGCCCGGUGGGGUCCUUGCUGUGCGCCCCCCUUCUUUGGAAAGGUCUGGAUGAACGUGGGGGGUGUUGCGUAUAAGUAAGAGUUGAAUGCUGCCAUCGCCGGGUGGAUGCUGAAGUCUGAAACAUCUUGUCAAAUCUCCCGCGCUCUGUGGGUUUGUUUGUGUCUCGGAGCGAAUCCUCCGGACCAAAGGCGAUUCAGACCGCAGCAUCCUGCGUGAAGGAGGACCGUUUGCUGCCAGAGCCAAAACUUGUAUCCUUCUUGAUGUGGACUUGAUCACUGUCUUGUUGUCCUGUGAACCUUUUAAAUAAAAUUUGAAGUUACUGUUGCAUAAGGGACUGUGGAGCCGGCUCGUGUUCCUCUCGCCUCUUCCUGCUUUCUUCGGAGGUCUGCGGCUACCGAGAAGGCCCUGCCCUGCCCUUCGGACACUGACGCCCGGAGCAACUGCAGAAAUGGGUGCUUGGGUAAAAUUGCACCUCCUGGGGGGGGAGGCGGGGGGCUUAGCCCCGUGGUCUCUGCUCCAAUCCUCCACCCCUGCUAGCACCUAGAGAGCCAGUUUGGUGUAGUGGUUAAGUGCGCG